GAGGCCCGUUAGGCGCACGCGCACGCCGCGCGGGAGAGGCCGCGGCUCCGGCACCGAUACCGGGGAAAGGCUCACGCCGGGUCUGCAGCCGAGGCCCUGCUCAGCCCAGCGAAGGGCCUGCACCGCACGGGUGAGGGCAUGGACGUGGCCAAUCACAGCGUGGUGCUGCUGCAGCAGCUGAACGUGCAGCGGGAGUUUGGCUUCCUGUGUGACUGCACCGUGGCCGUGGGAGACAUCCAUUUCAAGGCCCACCGGGCCGUGCUGGCUGCCUUCUCCAACUACUUCAAGAUGAUCUUCAUCCAUCAGUCUAGCGACUACAUCAAGGUGCAGCCGGUGGACAUCCAGCCGGACAUCUUCAGCUACCUGCUGCACCUGAUGUACACGGGCAAGGGGCCGAAGCAGCCGGUUGAUCCCAGCCGGCUGGAGGAGGGCAUCCGCUUCCUGCACGCCUACAACCUGGUGCAUGACCCGGGCCACGGGGGGCCACUCUUCGGUCCCCACCACGAGGUGCUGCCGCUGCAGUCCCCCAACCUGUACGGCAUCCAGAUCUCCGGCUCGCAGAAGGUGCAGGUGGCACAGAGCGCGGGCCGGAGCGGGCCGCCCGGCCUGGGCUUGGACCAGCCGGGCCAGCUGCCCUCCGGCCCAGUGGCCAACAUUCCCGAGCACCGCUACGCCAGGCCGCCCAUCACCCAGGAGGUGGCGACGCUCGGGGAGGACAGCAGCCCAGGAGCGACGGCGGCCGCGGCCCGCGGACUACAAGUCCCCGGCCUCGGCUUCAAGAGGGGCAAGUCCCACAAACACUACUCCUGCCACUACUGUGGGGAGAGGUUUGCUGCCAGGGGCAGCCUGCGGGACCACCUGUACUCCCAUGCCAGCGGCACCCUGCCCUCAGCCACCCCACCGGCAGCCGCCCAGACCAGGGGGCUCGGAGACCACCCCCAAGAAGCCGAGAAAGCCGAGGGGCUGCUGGGGGAGGAAGUGCAGCUACCAGCCGCUAACCAGCACGAGACCAACAACCUGGACGAGCAUCCUCCCGUCGGACUGACCGUCACCGUCGGAGCCUAUGGGGGCGACGCCAUUGAGAGCGGUAGCUUCGGCACGGCCAAGAGGAGGAAGUUCGCCUGCUCCGUUUGUGGCCACGCGGCGGAGCCGGAGCCGGAGGCAGGUGCCCUGUCCCCGCCGCCAGCACCAGCGGCCACCGCCGGCCCAGAGGAGCUGCCCUCGCGGCGGCAGCAGCAGCUGGCAGCGGCCGAGCUGGAGGCCGCUUUCCGCACCGUCUUCGCCAACUACGAGUCAGCGCGCGUGCACGCCCACUACAAGUGCGCGCGUGGCGGGUGCACGCUCCCCGCCACGGGAAGCGCGGUCACGGUGACUGCGCCGGGCCGGCGUGGUGGCGGCGACCGCUUCGUGCACCGCUGGCUGUGGGAGCGGGAGCUGACGUACUGCGAGCGCACGGGUGUGUACUGGCUGUUGUACGAGGAGGGCCGCGGCAUGUACUGCUACCUGUGCCGGCGCCACGACGCCCACAACCGGCAGAACAAGAGCAAGGUGUUCAACGGCACGCCGGCUGUGCGCUACAAGAAGGCAGCGCUGCAGGCCCAUGCCGAGUCGCAGCAGCACGGAGCUGCGGUCCGCGCCGAGCUGUCGGGCCGCCUGUCCGCGCGCCAACUGGCCCGGAGCGGACAGCAGGAAGCGGCCUCGUUGCGCGCCCUUUUCCAGGCCGCCUAUUGGCUGGCGAGGGAGGGGCUGCCAACUGCAAAGCUACGCCCCGCGCUGCUGUUGCUAGGCGCCACUCCCACGCACUUCCGGCGCGCCGCUACGCUGUGCCGCGUCUUCCGCGCGCUGGGUUGCGCCGUGCGCAGGCGCGUGCUGCUGGGCCUCCGGCGUGCCGCUCACUUCGGGCUGCUGUGCGAGAGGAGCGACCCGGAGGCCGGGGCCGGCGUUGACUCCGCGCUGCUCGGCUUCGUGCAGUACGUGGAUCCCGACUCCAAGGAGGUGACGUGGAGCUUACUCUUCGCCGAGGUGGGCCGCACAAGCGCCUGGGACUCGGGUGAGGAGGUGGCCGGGGCGGUGGGCCGCGCCCUGGGCCGCGCGGAGCUGGAGGGCAGCCGCCUGGCCUGGCUGGUGGCCGAGCAGGCGGGCGAGGAGGAGCCGGCGGCGCGGCUGCAGGAGGGCUGGCCUGGGCUGCUGGGGAUGGCGUGGCCGGGGCGGCGGCUGCUGCUGGCGGGGACUGGGCGCGGGGGAGCCGGGGCGUGCGGGCCGUUGCUCCGGCUCCAGGCCUGGCUGUACCAGCUGUGGGAACUGCUCGAACGUUCGCCCGCCCUGGCCGAGGCCUACCUGGCCGCCCGCAUGCCCGGAGCAGAGGCUGAGGUCUCGCCGCCCAGCCGCCUCCUCCGGCCAGCGCUGCUCCGCCGGCUGCGACGGACCUGCCGCCGGUGCCGCCAGUCGGUCGAGGCGUCGGUGGAGGGUGCGUACGAGGAUCUGCCGGCGCUGCUGCGGGCGCUGCGGGCUCAGGGCGGGGUGGAGGCAGCGGCCUGCGGCCUCUGGGCCCAGCUGAGCUCUCCGCGAGCCGCGGGAGGCCUCUACAUCCUGCGGGAGGUGGCGGCCGCUCUUCUCGGCCUGACACGGGCCCUGCGCCGGGCCAGGGGGCUACAGGCACCGCCUGACGCCGAGCUGCGAAUUGCCCUGCAGCGGCUGCGGGAAGCGGCAGAGUCCGGGGCACCGCUGAGCCGCCUGCGGGCCGACCUGGAGCCCGGCGGCCGCCUGUCAGCUUGCGGCCUACCGCCGCUCGACGCCCGCGACCAGGCCGAGCUGCGCAGCCUGCUGGAGGCCUACACGGCCGGGCUGGCGGCCGAGCUGCGACGCCGCUUCCUCGGGCCUGAGGCCGGGGCCUCGCCUCUGGCCGCCCUGGCCAUCUUCAACCCGCUGCUGGUGCCCGAGCCAGGCUCCCCCGAGGCGGCGGCAGCCCACGGGCAGGCCCAGGUGGCCGCCCUGGCCUCCCGCUUUCACCCCGGGGAGGCAGGCGCCGAGGCCCGGCUGCAGGCUGAGUGGGCCCGGCUCCAGCCCGAGCUGCGGGCCUGGCGCUCCAGCCUGCCUGCCUCGGCGCUGGCCGAGCCCGGGGCCACGGCUGUCGAGUGGAGCCUCCGCCGCCUGCUGCGUCUCCGUUCCUACCCGGGGCUUGCGGCUGUGGCUGAGGCGGCUCUGGCGGCACCCGUGGGCCCGGCGUGGGACGAGCGGGCGGCUGGAGCCUUGCGUAGGGUGGAGGCCCGGCUGAGGGGAGGCAGCUGCCGGGACGCCGGGCUGCUCGACAGCCUCCUGCACAUCAGCGUGAAUGGCCCCGAGCUGGGCACGACGGAGUGCUCGCAGUUGCUGGAGGAGGCGGCGCACACGUUCCUGCAGCAGUGGCGGCCCGGAGCCAGGGCCUCGCCCGAGCACAAGCCCCACCUGGCAUCGGUCAAAGCCGAGGAAGUGGCUGAGAGCUCGGAACAAGAGCUGGAGCAGGAGCAGACGGGGGGAGCUCUGCAGCACCAGGCCGACAUUGACAGCGACUCGGAGAACAGUCUCUGCGACUAGGCCCUGGGUUUAGCCCUUCCCUCAGGCUUUACUCUGGGCUGGGAGUCAGGACAGGUCUGGUGGGAGGGAAGGUCAGUUGGAUGCUCUAAAGUGGAUCAGAAUGGUGGUUCAUCAAGAGAGAAACAAGGAACUCCAGUUGCUUGUUUACCCAACAGGAAGGACAUAAAGUGGUGCAGUUACUCAGCGGGUCAGGAAGCAUCGCUGGAGAACAUGGGUCAGAAACUUCACCUAUUCACGUUCUUCAGAGACCGUUCAUUAAAACUGGAACGUGAUGGGUUGUGUUUCACAGUAUUUUCACAGCCUCGCUAUUCCCCUGCAGACUUGAGUUGGAACCGGGGUAGGAACCGAGCUGGUCCACAGAGUUAUGGCAGCUCUAUCCCAGAGCUGCAUUGAUUGAUUAAAAGAUACAUCAAGGGAACAGGCCACUGAGUCCACGCCGACCAUUGAUCACCCAUCACACUAGUUUUAUGCUAUUCCACAGUCUCUUCCACUCCUUCACUAGGGGGCAAUUGACAGAGGGCCAAUUAGCUUAUAAAGCCGCACGUCUUUAGGAUGCGGGAAGAAACUGGACCACCCGGAAUAAACUCACUUGGUCACAGGGAGAACGUGCAAACUCCACACACAGGCAGCAGCCGAGGUCAGGAUCGAACCUGGAUCUCCGGUGUUGGGAGGCAGUGGCUCUACCAGCUGCACCACUGUGCCACCCUAUUUCACCGGAUUCGUAGAAACAUUGCGAGAGGUGGUGCAGUGGUAGAGUUGCUGCUAUGCAGCGCCGGAGACCCGGGUUCGAUCCCGACCACGGGCGCUGUCUGUACGGAGUUUGCACGUUCUCCCCGUGACUUGCGUGGGUUUUCUCC